AUGUCGCAAAGGACAUACAACCAGCUGUGGGCAGAUGCCCAGUUAGAGCUGAGCCGUCUAUUAACUGAAGAACUGCCUGCUGAGCCACCUCGCCCAGAAAAGGACAGGGUAGUAUUCUUCCAGCGUCUGGCCAUGCUUUAUGUGCGCUACAUCCAAAUCUUUCGACAGUUGGAGAAGAUCUAUGACCAGGUGGUCCACCCUCAGAAGAGACGAGUCAUUCGGGCGAUUCUGGAUGGUGUGAUAGGGAGGGUGUUAGAGCUGAAGAAUGAAAUGGUGGAAAAAGAGUUUUCAGAGUACCACUACAUGGAUGAUGUCCUUCAUGACUUGAAGCUCACACCUGUGAACCUUGAGAUCCCUAUCCCUCGCUAUUUUAUCAGUGAACGCAACAAGGAAUUCCAAGAGCGAAAGACAAUGCUGACAGAUAUCCUUAAAAUGGUGGAAGUUACUGAAAGCGAGCCUGUAAUGGUCAAGAACAUGAGUCAAGAGGAGGCCAUUAAGAUCAUACAAGUGGUGGAGAGGGCCCGCCAAGGACGCCUGAGGGCAAAGUUGAAUGAAGAGAGCCGAAAUAUGAACAGGAUGUAUCGGACCAAAGACCAAGGGACAGCUGGCAUUGAGUUAGCUGCAGUCUGCAUUCAGAAGAUGUGGAGGGGCUACACACAGAGGAAGAAGGCAAAGAUUGCUCGGGAUGAAGAGAUGAUUUUUCUGGGAAUGGCCAUGGAUCCAAAAUACCAGGUGCCAUGCCCUGCAGAAAUCACCACCCAGGGCAUUGAAGCUUGCACACGGAUUAAACAGGAGGACCAUGAGGAAGACUACCUAAAGUCUUUAGUUGCAGUCACAAACCAGCUACGAGUUGUGGAGGGUCAUGACAUAAGCAAGACGAUGAAAGAGCAAAUCCGACAGUGGUUCAUUGAAUGCCGCGAUUCUACCGGGUCGUUCCCAGACUACCCGGAUGACGAAGAUGGAGGCUCAGCUCUCAUUUUUGCUGAAAAGACCCCUCAGCAGUUAUUGGAAGAAAUAGCUGCAAAGGAAGAGGAGGAUGCCAACAACAAACCAAAAGGGAAGGAUGAAAAAAAGGAAAAGGGGAAGAAGGACAAGGGGAAGGAUGAGGAGGAGGAAGAGGAGGCAGGGCUGAAGAUGCUGCCUUCAGCUUUUCUGUCAGACUUGGAAGGGGGAAAUAAAAUCUAUCAAGAUUUUUGGCAAAACCGCAACGAGUCAAGAAAUUUCUGUCAGAUGCAUGAGGUGGAGCUGAUCAAGGAAGCAAAUAGGAGUAUCAUUGAGGCAGAGAUUCGAGUACAGGUGGAUGAACAGAUGAGACAAGAGCUGGCUGAAUGGAAGCUAGCUGUGGAUAAAGACAAGGGUGGUAAAACUAAAGGAAAUGCCAAGAAAAAGAAAGGAUCUAAGAGUGGGAAAAAGAAGAAAAAGGAGAAGGAUUUGACAGCUGAUAGGACUCUUGAAUCUCUAUGUCAGGAGCUGGUGGAACAGGGCUUGCUGAAACAGGCAAAUAAUGUUAGGCUGCAGGAUUACUUGGGUGACUUUAGCUACCUCGGGACCACACUGAGGCAAAAUGACAUUGAACCAAUGCCAUCAUUGUCAGAUGUGCGGCAGGUUUUAUCUCUGUAUGCAAUUUUACCAUUAGGCUCCCAAGUGGUACAUGAGAAAGCUCCCCUGAUAAAGGCCAUCCUGCUCGUAGGGCCGGCCGGUGUAGGUAAGAAGAUGUUGAUUCAUGCAAUCUGCCAAGAGACUGGCGCCAACCUGUUUGAUCUGUCUCCUCUGAACACGGCCGGAAAGUAUCCAGGCAAGAGUGGCCUUGCCAUGAUGCUUCACAUGGUCUUUAAGAUUGCAAGACUGCUGCAACCUUCAGUAAUAUGGAUUGAAGACGCAGAGAAAAUGUUCUACAAGAAGGUUCCCAAGGACGAGAAAGAGUUAGAUCCCAAACGCUUGAAGAAAGAUUUGCCAAAGUCUCUCAAGUUGAUCAAAGGGGAGGACCGCGUUCUUAUAAUAGGAACAACUAAAGACCCCCUAAGUGCUGACAUCAAGUCACUGUGUAAAAUGUACAGCAAAAUCAUCCUCAUCCCAAGACCUGACUAUGGCUCAAGAUACAUCUUGUGGAAGCAGCUAAUAAAAAGGCAGGGAGGUGAGAUAACCAAGGCCUUGGACCUCAGCUCCCUAGCAAAAAUCUCUGAUGGCUACACACCAGGUCACAUGGUCCAGGUCGUCCAGAGUGUUGUUACCAAGCGUCGUAUCCUGCAGCAGGCAAAAAGACCACUGACAGCUGCUGAGUUUGUCGCCCCAUUAGCCAAAAUCGACCCUGUGUUUCAGGAAGAGGAAGAGGCCCUUAAAAAUUGGUAUGCAAAGACCCCCUUGGGAAAGAAGCGGAUUAAGGCUGCUACAGGAAAGGAAGAGGAAGAGGCAGUAGUUAAAGGCAAAGAUGCAAAGAAGAAAGGGAAAAAAUAA